GACGCCGACUGCCGAGUCUUCGCCAUGUUUAUACAAAGACGUUCCGUCUUUGUUUUGUUGUUGUGUCUCGAAAUGGUUUCAUCGUUUAACUCAAGUGAAGAAUCAGCGAAAAAUAAAAGCGACAGUAAUAGUACUUUUACCCACCACACAAGAUUUUUGAAGAAGACAAAGACAAGAACACUUAAAUUAAUGCAAAAUCCAAAGGCAAACCUAAUAGCACUCAGUGAUAAAGGAAGGUUUCUAAAGUCAUAUGAUGUCGUCACUUGCGAUGGUUACAUACUGAACAUAUUUAGGACCACUUUCGAAAAUGAUGAGCCGAAACAUAAAGAAUUUCCCGUCGUACUAGUUCCUGGCUUGUACCAAUCCUCGGACAGGUUUGUCAGACAAAACACAGAACAUUCUCUGGCUUUCAUACUCCAAGAUCUUGGUUAUGAUGUAUGGCUCGCCAAUGUACGUGGUAAUAAAUAUGGCAGACGUCAUUUAUACCUUGAUUCAGAAACGGAUGAAAGAACCAAGUUUUUCGACUUCAGUUACGAUGAAAUUGGUUUCUAUGACGUCGCUGUAAUAGUAGACUAUGUUUUAAAUGAUACACACAAAGAAAAGGUGCAUUAUAUUAGCCAUUCGUUAGGUGGCACUGCCUUUUUGAUUUUGAAUUCAAUUAAGCCGGAAUUUAAUAAUAAAUUUGAAACCGCGCACCUAAUGGCUCCUAUUGGGUAUCAGAACUAUUUCCCUAAUGAGAAAUUUACGAAGGAAGUCGAUCGCUUUAAGGAAAUAUAUGAAGACCUAAUAAAAAGUGGAAAAGCAGAAAUAUUUCCCCCUGUGAAGGAUGAAAGCAAGAACUUCUCAGUAGACGACUGUCUCGGUGACAAAAAAUAUCAAAAUAUAUGCGAAGAGUUGAAAAUUGACGAAUUAAUGGGCCUAGAAAAACAUAACAAUUCGAAGGACAAAACGAGGGGCGGCUCUAUCAAGCUACUAGCUCAUUUAGCUCAAAACAUCAAAUACAAAACCUUCAACCGAUGGGAUUAUGGUGAAGAAGGAAAUAUGGAUCACUACAAAAUCAAACAAGCCCCUAUAUACAAUUUAAGUCAUAUAACUGCUCCAACUAUGAUAGUUUAUUCUUCAAACGAUGAGUUUGUGAGUCCUAAAGAUAUCGAGAAUAUGGCUAAAGAUAUGGCUAAGGCUUCAACGAGAGAAGUGAAAAGAAAGGAUUUUAAACAUCAAGACUUUCUUCUUGCGCCGGAUGUCAAGGAAACCGUUUACGAUGACAUUAUAGAAGAUCUGAGGAACACAGCCCGUUUACAUUGGGAAAGCGAAAAAGAACUCAGAAAAGAGCACCCAAACGACGAUGAUGAUUACGUAGACGAUCCAACGACAAUAAAACCAGAUAAUGACGGGAACACAAUAAAAGAACCGAAAAACAAUAUGAAACUAUUUAUACCACCUUCAGUGUGGAUGCAGAUACUUAUUUGGUUGCCCAGGCUCAUGAUACCUAUUGUUUUGAUAUUAUGUCUUGUAAUAUUCUUUUGUUGUCUUAAGAAAUUCGAUGUGAACUUUAAUGUGGGCAUGAGAGGCGACAAAAAAGCAGGUAUAAAAAGUGAAGAGGAAUGAGAGAAUAACAACGCAUGAAUAUAUAUAUGAA